GCAUGGCAGAGUUGCCUGAAGCCUUGGGUGGAACAGGCAGAUUUGAGCUUUCUGCGACUUCUCUUGCGCGCCUGGCAUGAUUGCAGAUUCGGAUGGUCUACAGGGUUCUGUGUGCAGAUGCGCAGAAGGAUCGUCACUCUGCAGGAGAGAUUUCAGCUAGCCUUCUACUUUCAGAAGUGGCUCUUGGAAUUGGCUUGUCACCCUGGCCUUUUGUCAUGGUUGCGCCUCGCUCAGCGCAUGAUCCUGAGAGAUGUGGACACGAAACCUGCUGUCUUGACACGCUUGGCUGACCUGCCGAAGCUAGAUCUAUCAAGCCCGCAAUUGCCAUCAGCUGAUCAGACUCAGAUUCCUGCACUUCCAGCUGAAGAUGUUACGGAUGGAGAGGAGCAGCCAGAAGAGGAGCAGCUGCCCGCAGUGUACCAGCCAAUGGUGGCAUUUGCGGCAACUCCAAAGCAGGGCCGCUCCACUAGUUCCAGCCGGUCUUUGUCCAAGUCCGAAGAUGCACAGAAAGAAGACCUGCACUUUCCACCAGCUGCCCACCAGCGGCCAGCAGAGCGUCAAAGCUUGGAACUGUGUUCUUCAACCCGAGCCAUGUCUCCAGCAGAAGAUCUUCGCCGGCGCCUGUACCUGAAGCAGGCCCCGCUUCUGCGGCGCGUCUUUCACAGGUGGUGGGACAUGUGCCUGGCGGGUCAGUUGCGCUUGGUUGAGCUGGGCGCCCCCACUCCUCAAGUGGACAGGCCGCGCACGAUUUCCUCCUUGAUGAGGACAGAUCGUGCUGCCUGCCUG